AUGGCUAAGGUUUUGGAUACAGAUGAAGGACCUGAAGGAGCACAUAAUGAGUUCAGCAACAUCAUUAAAUCCAGAUCUGAUGAACACAAUGAUGUACAAAAGAAAACCUUCACAAAAUGGAUAAAUUCUCGCUUUUCUAAGUGUGGAAAGCCACCAAUAAAGGACAUGUUCACAGAUCUUCGAGACGGGAGGAAACUGUUGGAUCUCUUGGAAGGUCUCACUGGUGAUCCACUGCUCAAAGAACGUGGAUCCACAAGAGUCCAUGCCCUGAAUAAUGUCAACAAAGUGCUUCAGCUUUUACAUCAGAACAAUGUGGAGCUGGUGAACAUAGGGGGAACUGAUAUUGUUGAUGGAAAUCACAAACUGACUCUUGGCUUACUGUGGAGCAUAAUUUUGCACUGGCAGGUCAAAGAUGUUAUGAAAGAUAUAAUGUUGGAUUUACAGCAAACAAACAGUGAAAAAAUCUUACUGAGCUGGGUGAGACAGUCUACUAGGCCUUAUAGCCAGGUCAAUGUUUUGAACUUUACCACAAGCUGGGCAGAUGGGCUUGCUUUCAAUGCUGUGAUCCACAGACACAAGCCUGAGCUGUUUAGCUGGGAUAAAGUAACUAUAAUGUCCCCUAUUGAAAGACUAGAACAUGUCUUCAACAUAGCUAAAAAUCACCUGGGGAUAGAAAAAUUAUUAGAUCCUGAAGACGUUGCUGUACAACUGCCUGAUAAGAAAUCCAUUAUCAUGUAUUUGACAUCCUUGUUUGAGGUUCUUCCUCAGCAAGUUACCAUGGAAGACAUUAGAGAGGUUGAGACUCUUCCAAGGAAAUACAAAAAGGAAUGUGAAGAAGGGGACACGCAGAGUGUAGUAUCUGAUGACCCUGGAGACGCAAGAGCAGAAACGCCCAGUACAGUGACAGAAAUGGACAUGGACUUGGAUAGCUAUCAAGUAGCUCUGGAAGAUGUUCUUACCUGGUUGCUGUCAGCUGAAGAUACAUUCCAGGAGCAGGAAGACAUAUCUGAUGAUGUUGAGGAAGUCAAGGAGCAGUUUGCCAUGCAUGAAGGUUUUAUGAUGGAGUUGACUGCACACCAGAGCAGUGUGGGUGGCGUUCUGCAGGCUGGUAAUCAGUUGAUAGCCCAAGGCAAUCUGUCAGAGGAGGAGGAAAGUGAAAUCCAAGAACAAAUGACUUUGCUCAACUCUCGAUGGGAGGCUCUAAGAGUUGAAAGUAUGGAUCGACAAUCUCGCCUCCAUGAUGUAUUGAUGGAACUCCAGAAGAAACAACUGCGGCAACUUGCUGACUGGUUGACUGCGACGGAAGAACGCAUUCAAAAGAUGGGAUCUCAGUGCUUAGCUGACAAUUUGGAGUCCUUUCAACAGCAGAUGGAUGAACAUAAAGUUCUACAAAGUGAUCUUGAAGCAGAGCAGGUUAAAGUCAACUCAUUGACCCACAUGGUGGUCAUUGUGGAUGAAAACAGUGGUGAGAGUGCCACAGCUGUGCUAGAGGAGCAACUGCAGAAACUUGGUGAACGCUGGACAGCAGUUUGUCGUUGGACUGAGGAGCGAUGGCUCAAACUCCAAGAGAUUAAUAUCUUAUGGCAGGGACUCUUGGAAGAACAGUGCUUGUUGAAAACCUGGUUAGUUGAAAAAGAAGAGGCUUUAAACAAAGUACAAACAAGCAACUUCAAAGAUCAAAAUGAGCUUGGAGUGAAUGUUCGAAAGCUGGCAAUUUUGAAAGAAGAUUUGGGAAUGAAGCGUCAAAUGUUAGAUCAGCUGAAUGAGGUGGCCCAAGAUGUGACACAACUACUCAACAAUGAUAAAGUAUCAACGAAAACUGAGAACGAUCUGGAAGAGCUAACACAGAGUUGGGACAGCUUAGUUCAGAAACUUGAGGACUAUUCUAAUCAGGUUUCUCAGGCAGUUGGAAAUGUUGGCAUUUCACAGAAAAUUUCACAGAAAAUCAUCACAGAGACAGUUAUUGUCAAAGAGCAAAAAGCAGUUAAGCAGGAACAGUUUCCGCCUCUUCCUCCUCCGAAGAAAAGACAAGUCAGUGUAGACACAGAGGCUAAGAAAAAGUUUGAUUCUGAAAUUGCUGAGUUGGUGAACUAUAUUUCGAAAUCAAAAUCUGCCAUUCAGGCCAUGGAGAUAAAAGAAUACAAGAUGAUGAGAGAGACUUCAGACAUGAAAGAGAAACUGAAGAUAAUAGAAAAAGAAAGGGCUGAAAAAAAGAAAACAUUAGAUGAACUGAGCCAGACAGGACAAAAUCUGCUGGAACAAAUGGGAAAAGAAGGGCUUCCUAUUGAGGAUGUAUCAAAUUCCCUAGAGAAGCUAUUGUUAGAGUGGAAAGGGGCAUCUGGGCAUCUGGAAGAAAUAACAAGAAAAGUGAACUGCCAGGAUGAAAUAAACAUGUAUUUUAAGGAAUUGGGUGAACUUGAUAAGGCUGUGACUGAAAAAGAAUUGUGGCUGAAAGACAAAUUUGCUUCAUCAUCGCCAAAGCAACCUUUAACAGCUCUAAAGGAGUCAUGCCAGAGGGAGCUCACUCACUUACUAAGUCUACGUCCUCAAAUUGAACACCUGAAAUAUAGGGCUAAGGACCUGGCAUCUCACCCUGCUGUUCCAAAUUUUAUUGAAGAUAGCUUCAACUCUUUGACUGAUCGCGUCAUGUCUACCCAACAGAAGCUGGAAGAAUGGCACCAGCACUGGAAAAAAGCUGAAUUGGAAAGCCAGCCUUCCAAAGAUUAUUUGGAUGCUUUAAAGAAACUGAAGGAUGAGCUGAAUGAAUUGGAAAGUAGGGAGCAAUCCAUCAUGAGUUCUGUAAAUGGUUUCAGUAAAGCAGAGAGAGCCUUGCAACAGACAAAGGCAGUUUGUGAGACUCUAGAAAAUCAGAGAACUGUAAUUGAUAAACUUGCUGCAGACACACAGGUCUUGGAGAAAAGUAUUUCUGCUGAUAAAUCAAAGAUAUACAAGCAAGAAUUAAAAUGUUUGCAGGGAUGCAGGGAUAAGUUGAAAAUGAAGGUUUCUAAUGAUGUUCACUUGCUGGAAGAAACUACUUUCAAACUGAGAGUAUUUGAGACUGAUUCAAAACUGGUUCAGAAGUGGCUGGAUAGUGUAAAAGACUUCUUAGUGAAAGAGCAGGCAAUCCAGAGAGAUCCUGAAGGACUUCAAAGGCAGCUUGAUCAAUGCAUGCUGCUUGUUACUGAAAUGGAAAAGACGGAGCUGUCUCUUACAGAAAUGAAAGAAAUAGAGUCAACGUUAAGAAAUCAGCCUGUAAAUGCCUUGGUGAAGUCUAAGCUGACAGAUAUCCAAACACAGUGGGAAAAAUUGAGCAAACAGAUAAUUAGUCAGAAAAAUCAAUUAUCUGAGAGCCAGGAAAAAGCUGUAAACCUAAAGAAGGAUUUGGCAGAGAUGCAAGAAUGGAUGGCUCAAGCUGAAGAGGAAUAUUUGGAGAGGGAUUUUGAAUACAAGACUCCAGAUGAGCUAGAAAAUGCAGUGGAGGAAAUGAAGAGAGCAAAAGAGGAUGUGCUGCAGAAAGAAGUGCGGGUGAAAAUUCUGAAAGACAGCAUCAAGAUGCUAGCUGCUAAACUGCCAUCUGGUGGUCAAGACUUAACAAGUGAACUUAACCUUGUGCUGGAGAAUUACCAACUCCUCUGCAAUAGGAUUCGGGGGAAAUGCCACACUUUGGAGGAAGUAUGGUCAUGCUGGAUUGAACUACUCCAUUAUCUGGACCUAGAAACAGCCUGGCUGAAUACUUUGGAAGAUAGAAUGAAAAGCACCGAAAACUUGCCAGAUAAAGCAGAUGCUGUCAAUGAGGCCCUAGAGUCACUGGAAUCUGUUCUGCGCCAUCCAGCUGAUAAUCGGACUCAAAUUCGGGAACUUGGUCAAACAUUGAUUGAUGGAGGGAUUCUUGAUGAAAUCAUUAGUGAAAAAUUGGAAGCUUUCAAUGCUCGUUAUGAAGAACUAAGUCAUUUGGCAGUGAGCAGGCAGAUUUGUUUGGAACAGCAGCUUCAGAUGAUGCGGGAAACGGAACACAAGUUGCAAGACUUACAAGAAAGCUUAAAGGAUCUGGAUAGGCAGCUAACUUCAUAUUUGACCGACAGAAUAGAUGCCUUCCAAAUACCUCAAGAGGCACAGAAAAUCCAAGCUGAGAUUGCUGCUCAUGAAUCCAUCUUGGAAGAGGUAAAAAGAAAUGUGCGGUCAGUGAUGCCAGCCUCCCCUGAAAGUAGAUCUCCUCGUGGAGGAGGGUCUCUUCUGGAUGCCUUGCAGAGGAAACUCCGGGAAGUGUCCACAAAGUAUCAGCUUUUCCAGAAACCAGCCAAUUUUGAGCAACGUAUGCUGGAUUGUAAACGGGUUUUGGAUAGCGUAAAAGCUGAGCUCCAUGUCAUGGAUGUGAAGGACAUUGACCCAGAUAUAAUUCAGUCUCACUUUGAUAAGUGCAUGAAACUCUAUAAGACCCUCAGUGAAGUGAAGCUUGAAGUAGAGACUGUGAUUAAAACAGGAAGGCAAAUUGUACAAAAACAACAAACUGACAACCCUAAAAGUAUGGAUGAACAACUGACAGCACUGAAAUUUCUUUAUAAUGAUCUAGGUGCACAGGUUACAGAAGGAAAGCAAGAUCUGGAACAGGCAUUGCAGCUGUCACGAAAACUCAAGGAAGAGUCUUUUUCCUUGUCAAAAUGGCUAGAGACUACUGAAGCUGAGUUAGUGCACAAGUCCACCACGGAGAAUUUGCUUGCUGACCUAGACACUGAAAUUUCAUGGGCUAAAAAUGUUCUACGAGAAUUGGAAAAAAGGAAAGUUGACGUAAACAGUAUAACAGAGAGCUGCGCUGUACUUCAGACCCUGGUAGAAGGUAGUGAGAUGACUUUGGAGGAAAAGCUCUGUAUUCUUAAUGCUGGCUGGAGUAGAGUCCGGACGUGGACUGAUGACUGGUGCAACACACUUUUGAAUCACCAAAGUCAACUGGAGAUUUUUGAUGAAAAUGUUGCCCACAUAAGCACUUGGCUCUACCAAGCUGAAGCCUUGUUGGAUGAAAUUGAGAAAAAGCCAGCCAGCAAGAAAGACGAGACAGUGAAGCGUCUAACAUCAGAGUUGGAUGGUGUUAGUCUCAGAGUAGAUAAUGUGCGUGACCAAGCUAUUAUCUUGAUGAAUGGACGUGGCAUGUCACGCUGUGAACUUGUAGCACCUAAGCUGGCUGAAUUGAACAGGAACUUUGAAAAGGUAUCACAGCACAUCAGAAGUACUAAGAUGUUUUUCGGUCGGGAGGGUCAGAAAGCACAUACCAAGCAAGAGCCCCAUGGAAUUGUAGUGGAUUCCACAGUUCUGGAUAAAUUUGAGUGUGAGCUACAGGACAUGCUGAAUGUGGUAGAGAAACACAUGGAAUCAAAUGAAGAAGAUGAAAAGUUGGAUGAAGAAAGGGCUCAAAUUGAAGAGGUUCUACAAAGAGGUGAGCAGUUACUGCAGCAACUUACGGAAGACAGCAGGAGAGAAAAAAUCCGUUUGCAGCUCCUGUUCUUGCAGACACGGCACAGCAGCAACAAGGAACUAAGGUCCUUGCAAAGGAGAAAGGUUGUGGAAAUCUCUCCUUCAUCCUUACAAUAUAAAACUGACCAUGACAGUCUUUUGAAUUGGCUCAAUGAAACUGAUGGACAAUUGACUGGGCUACAGGAAGCAGAGGAUGAGCAGAAACUACAGGCAACUCACCAGAGGAAUCAAGGUCCUUAUUUAUCGAUUAUCAGAACAUCACCAUUCCCUGCAGAAUACCUGGUUGAAAUAAACAAAAUUUUGCUGUCUAUGGCUGAUUCUGAGCUCUUGUUGAAUGCCCCAGAACUUCACGCUGGUAUCUAUGAAGACUUUUCUACGCAAGAAGAUUCUUUAAAGAAUGUAAAAGACAUUUUGGACAAACUCGGGGAUCAGAUUGCAGUUAUUCAUGAAAAGCAACCUGAUGUUAUACUAGAGGCGUCUGGACCUGAGGCUCUUCAAAUAGGGGAUUCACUAACCCAGCUGAAUGCAGAAUGGGACAGAAUUAACAGAAUGUAUAAUGACCGCAAAUGUUCCUUUGAUAAGUCUGUGGAAGAGUGGAGACAGUUCCAUUGUGAUCUCAAUGAACUCUCGCAGUGGUUAACAGAAGCUGAAAGAUUGCUGGCUGAGGCCCAAACUCCAGAUGAUAGCCUGGAUAUAGAGACACCAAGAAUACACCAGCAGGAACUUGAAGAGGGAGUCAGCAGCCAUCAGACCGGCUUUUUGACAUUAAACAGAACAGGGGAAGGAAUCAUACAGAAACUUUCCAUUUCGGAUGGAAGCUUUUUGAAAGAGAAACUAGCUGGAUUAAAGAAACGCUGGGAAGCAGUCACUGCUGAGGUCAUGAAAAGACAGCAGAGACUGAAAGGAGACAAUCAACAAUUGAUAGACUAUACAAGAAAAUUAGAAGAACUCAGUUGCUGGGUAGAAAAUAUUGAAAAUGCUCAAGACGAGAAACCUACAGUCAGCCAUGAGGAAAACCUGCAGCAAUUAAUGAGUUUGAUUGAAGAGAUGAACAUUCAAGGAGAAAAACUUCAGUGGCUAAACAGAAAUGAACAAAGGGUCCUUUCAAAUCAAAGCAUUGGUCCUCAAGAAAGAGAGCAUAUUUCUGAUAGACUGAAGACCCUGACUACUAAGUGGAAUAAGGUGUCCAGAGAAGCACCCAACAGAGUGAGAGAACUAGAGGCAUAUGUUCAUAAGCCUUAUCUUACGCCACAGACAAAGACUCCUGGUUACCCUCUUCUCCAAAAGAUGGUGCUGGUGUCCUCUGCUUCUGAAAGUGUCGCUCAAACACAGCAGGAAACCUCUGCACCUGCUGAUCUGGACAAAACUACAACAGAACUGGCUGACUGGCUGGCAUUGAUAGACCAGAUGCUGAAGUCCAACAUAGUUACUGUGGGAAACGCUGAAGAAAUCAAUCGGACUAUUGCACGCAUGAAAAUAACAAAAGAAGAUUUAGAACAGCGCCAUCCCCAGCUGGAUUCUGUCUUUACCUUGGCUCAGAAUUUGAAAAACAAAACCUCAAGUUUUGACAUUAGGACAGCAAUCACAGAAAAAUUGGAGAAGCUUAAGACUCAGUGGGACAGUACUCAGCAUGGGGUGGAAGUACGCCAACAGCAGUUAAGAUGCAUGCUUUCUGACAGCAUGAAGUGGGAUGCCCAGAAGCAAGAAAUGGAGAAGCUGAUUGGAAAGUACGAGAUCUAUCUGCAUGCCCUUUUGCAGUCUCCUAAAGAGGUGCUUAUCAAACAGAUUUCUGAAAACAAAAAGUUGAUACAAGAACUACAGAAAGGAGACACGAAUAUGAGCUCCUUCAAUGAUCUGUCCAAUAAGCUUCUUCAGGACUACAGUGAUGAUGACACAAGAAAGGUCAAGGAAAUAAUGGAUCACUUGAAUACCUCAUGGAUUAAUUUGAGGCAAAGAGCUGGUAAUAGGCAGAAUGUCUUGGACACUGAACUGAAAGUAGUACAGGCAUCCCGAAAAGAUCUAGAGAGUUUUCUCAAGUGGAUGCAAGAAGCAGAAGCUACGGUUAAUGCCCUUGCAGAUGCAUCACAACAGGAAAAUGCUGCACAGGACGGUGUUUCUAGAAGGGAAUUGAAAAAACAGACAGAGGACAUCCAGGCUGAAAUUGAUGCUCACAAUGAUAUCUUCAAGAGCAUUGAUGGAAAUAGGCAGAAGAUGGUAAAAGCCUUGGGGAACUCUGAAGAGGCUGCACUGCUACAGCACCGCAUUGAUGACAUGAAUCAGCGCUGGAAUGACCUGAAAGCAAAGUCUGCCAGCAUUCGGGCUCACUUGGAGGCCAGUGCAGAAAAGUGGAAUAAAUUGCUGAUAUCACUGGAAGAGCUUCUCAAAUGGCUGAAUCUGAAAGAUGAAGAGCUAAAAAAGCAAAUGCCUAUUGGUGAGGAUGUUCCAACUUUACAGCAACAGUAUGACCACUGUAAGGGACUAAGACGUGAAUUGAAGGAUAAAGAGCAAGCUAUUCUAAAUGCUGUAGACCAAGCACGAGUGUUCCUUGCUGAUCAACCAAUUGAAGGCCCUGAAGAACCAAGAAAAAACUUACUUUCAAAGCCAGAACUGACCCCUGAAGAAAAAGCUCAGAAGAUUGCUAAAGCUAUGCGUAAGCAGUCUGUGGAAGUGAAAGAGAAAUGGGAAAGCCUGAAUACCUGUGCCAACAGCUGGCAAAAGCAAGUAGACAAAGCACUAGAGAAGCUGAAAGACUUGCAGUGUUCUAUGGAUGACCUAGAUGCUGACUUGAGAGAGGUGGAGAAUGUGCACAAUAGCUUGAAACCUUUUGGAGAGAUACUGAUCGACUCAUUGCAGGAUCACAUUGAUAAAACAACAGCUUUUAGGGAAGAAAUUGCACCAAUCAACAUGAAAGUUAAAGCAGUAAAUGAUUUAUCCAGUCAGCUCUCUCCACUUGACCUUCAUCCAUCAUUAAAGAUAUCUCGACAGCUAGAUGACCUCAAUAUGCGCUGGAAAUUUUUACAGGUUUCUAUAGGGGAUCGCCUUAAACAACUACAGGAAUCCCAUUGGGACUGUGGCCCUUCAUCUCAAAAUUUUCUUUCCACCUCCGUCCAGCUACCAUGGCAGAGAUCAGUUUCACAUAACAAAGUUCCUUACUACAUCAAUCACCAGACUCAGACAACCUGCUGGGAUCACCCCAAAAUGACUGAACUCUUCCAAUCAUUAGCUGAUUUGAACAAUGUACGUUUCUCUGCUUACCGUACGGCCAUAAAAAUCCGAAGACUACAAAAAGCAUUGUGUCUGGACCUGUUGGACUUAAAUGCAACAAAUGAAGCUUUCAUGCAGCACAAGUUGUACCAAAAUGAUGAGCUCCUCAGUGUUCAGGAUGUGAUUAGCUGUCUCACUACAAUUUACAGUGGGAUGGAAGAGAAGCACAAAGAACUGGUGAACGUUCCGCUCGGUGUCGAUAUGUGUCUCAACUGGCUGCUGAAUGUUUAUGAUACUGGUCGUACUGGAAAAAUCAGAGUGCAGUCCCUUAAGAUUGGCUUGAUUUCUCUUUCUAAGGGACUUCUAGAGGAGAAAUACAGAUAUCUCUUUAAGGAAGUGGCAGGAACUACAGAAAUGUGUGACCAGAGGCAGCUCGGCUUGUUACUUCAUGACGCUAUCCAGAUUCCAAGACAGCUUGGUGAAGUAGCUGCUUUUGGAGGCAGUAAUAUUGAGCCCAGCGUCCGCAGCUGUUUUCAGCAGAACAACAACAAACCAGAAAUCAGUGUAAAACAAUUUAUAGACUGGAUGCAUCUGGAGCCUCAGUCAGUGGUGUGGUUGCCUGUUCUGCACAGAGUGGCAGCUGCAGAAACCGCAAAACAUCAGGCCAAGUGCAACAUCUGCAAGGAAUGCCCAAUUGUUGGCUUUAGGUAUCGGAGCCUGAAACAUUUUAACUAUGAUGUCUGCCAGAGCUGUUUCUUCUCUGGUCGUACAGCAAAAGGUCAUAAAUUACAUUACCCAAUGGUGGAGUACUGUAUACCAACAACAUCAGGAGAAGAUGUCAGAGAUUUCACCAAGGUGCUAAAGAACAAGUUUCGAUCAAAGAAGUAUUUUGCUAAACACCCUCGGCUUGGCUACCUGCCAGUACAAACAGUCCUCGAAGGUGACAAUCUGGAAACACCAAUUACACUUAUUAGUAUGUGGCCAGAGCAAUAUGAUAGCCCCUCCCAGUCCCCCCAACUGUUUCAUGAUGACACCCAUUCCAGGAUUGAGCAGUAUGCCAACAGGCUAGCCCAGAUGGAACGGACCAAUGGUUCCUUUCUUACAGAUGGUAGCUCCACCACAGGAAGUGUGGAAGAUGAGCAUGCCCUUAUCCAGCAAUACUGUCAAACUCUGGGAGGAGAGUCACCUGUGAGUCAGCCACAGAGUCCAGCACAAAUCUUAAAAUCAGUAGAGAGGGAAGAACGAGGAGAACUUGAACGUAUCAUUGCUGACCUUGAGGAUGAGCAAAGGAUGCUUCAAGUGGAAUAUGAGCAAUUAAAGGAACAGCAUCUUCAAAGGGGAAUGAAUACAUUGAGCUCACCCCCAGACUCUGCCGUGUCGCCCCAGCACACAUCUGAAGAUGCAGAGCUCAUUGCAGAGGCCAAACUCUUACGGCAACACAAAGGUCGUCUAGAGGCUAGAAUGCAGAUUUUGGAAGAUCACAAUAAGCAGCUGGAAUCUCAGCUCCAUCGACUGCGGCAGCUGCUUGAGCAGCCUGACACAGAUUCCAGAAUUAAUGGAGGCUCUUCUUGUGCUUCGCCUCAGCAUUCUGCACUCAGCUAUUCACCUGAUCAGGAUAUAAGUUCACAGUUUAAUCAAACAGGUGUAGAUGACUUGUUAGUCCCACCUCAUGAUACUAGCACAGAUCUAACUGAUGUCAUGGAACAAAUCAACAGCACAUUUCCUUCUUGCCGCAGCAAUGUGAAGUUUUCAGUCUGAAGACAGCUUAUUCUUCCUGAUGUCAAAUACAGCCCUUUUUCUACAAAUACCAAUAUAAAGUUCCAGUAAUCAGAUGGCUGCAUGGUAUCUUGUAACAUACUGUUUAGCUCUGUGUGUUUUUACUUCAAAUAGGAAAACACUUGAACUACCCAAAGAUAAGGAUGUUGUGGGUUUUUUAAUAUAUGUGUGUUUUCCCUCUUCCUUCCCUCUCUAUGCAACUGUAAAUUAACAAACAGUGGAGUAUUUGGAAAUGGUUAUACAUAUGUCAUUGAUUUGUAUAAUAUACAGCGUCAGGAAUGGGGGUGGGGUUUAUAUCCAUUCUUUUUUAUAUUGCUGCAGUGAAUUGCAUACAUAGUUUGGAGCAAAGCAUUACAUUUAUACAUUCCUUUCAGCUUUUUGCAUUUACAAUUUUUAGUACAUUCUUUUCUGACACAUAUACUGCUCUGCACCAGUUUAUUUAUACACUAGUCUAAUAGUAUUCAUUUCAGAAUGUGAACAAAUAUCAGUUUCUCAUAACCAUACUAUUAGUAUUUAACAAAAAUCAUUUAUAGCCAUCUAUGAGUACACGCUCCAGCUAACAAGACAUUCAGCUACAAUAAC